AUGGCCUCACAAAGCGAGAACUCGGCAAACGCCAUCCUGGAUCCGGUGCCACAAACCGAUUCCCCUCGUCGAGCUCCAGCUCCAGCUCCUGGUGCUGCUCCUGUUUCGCCUUCAACUGCUCUUCCUGCCGCCCCCCAAGACCACGCCACGGUCAUUGAAUCGACGGAUCGGAACCCUCCAGAGGCCAGGAUGAGCCUCGACAUGCCCGGACCAGUUCAGGCUCCGGCUCCGGCUCCUGCCUUGGACAGCCACGGCACCUAUCGCUCAGUCUCGAUCUUUGUCCCUGAACUGGGCCCCGAAGCACAGAACGCCUUCAGCAGUGUCGCUUUUCCUCCUGGUACUUCAGCUGCCGACUUUGUCCCUGUCUUUAUCCCUCGAUCGGCGUUCGGAACACUGAACUACUCUGGCGGCACUCCUCCUCCUCCUGUUCCAGUUCCAGUUCCAGCUCCAGCUCCCACUCCUUCUGCCGCUGCUCGCCCUGGCGUCCGAACCGCCGGCCUAUCUGGUCCUGGCUCUGUCGGCCGCAAUCGUGGCCUUGGCAAUUUUCGCGGUCGUGGCUAUAUUGGCAGUCGUGGAGACAGAGGGGGAGGCUUUCGGGGAGGAGUCAAUAGGAACCAGAGAACUGACAAUUCCGCCAACGCCCCCCGAAUCUCAGCCGCCGGAUCUAUCGAUCGUGAUACCGGUAGAGGACCCUCGGCCUUGACCUGCGCGAGUCGCAACCCGGAAGACAAUGCAGCAGCCGCGCACCAGGUCAUGCGCAACACUGGGGCGAGGCGAUACACAUCGGUCACUCGAGGUGUCCCAGAGGGGGUCCGCGCACUUGCCCAAAGAAGGCAAUGGCUCAGAAGCGUCAUGUUCAGUGACUCAGAUGAGCCUAAUCGUCGAGCAGUCGACGAUCUCAUGAACCUCGACACUCAUGAAUCCCGGGCUACCGACGCGAGGGAUCCCUGUGUCGCAAAUGUCGAUGUCCCUCAAGAGCGGGCUACCGCUGAUGAGGCGAAAGAGGAUAGCGCCUAA